UGAACUCUGAACCGGAAGUUAUACAGCAUAUGUUGAUGUUGAAUUUUAUCAGGACCUACAUGUGCGUGGGGUUUUUCUCGUCGUUUGAAUCACUCUGCGAAGCUGCUGUUGCGUUGUCGCCGAGAUCUUUUUCAAGCUGGAGCCUGGAAAUCGUCGUUCAUAAUGUCGCAAGCCACAAAACGUAAACAUGUAGUCAAAGAAGUUUUGGGAGAUUUUGUCACUCCGACAGAAAACCAGCAGAUUGUCAAGGUGACGGGUAGUCGAGGCAACAACCUGCAUGAAACCGUCACAGCUCAGGGAGAGACUUUCUUAGUGAGCAUGCCCACCAAGUUCCGCAAGAACAUCUGGAUCAAGCGAGGCGACUUUGUGAUUGUGGAUCCGAUUGAAGAAGGUGAGAAAGUGAAGGCUGAAAUCAGCUUCAUCCUCUACAAAGAUCACAUCCAGUACCUGCAGAAGCAGCAGCUCUGGCCCGAGGGCUUCAUGGACAAGCCGUCCAGUCAGGAUCAAACUAGCAAAGAGGUGGAAGAAGAGGCAAACGAAGAUGAAGAAAGCAAUUCCGAGGACGAUGACUCUGAUCUUUUCGUCAACACCAACCGAUCUCACUGCCAGUACAGUGAGAGUGAGGAGGAGGAGGAGGAGGAGGACAGUGAGGAUGAAGCAGAAACACAAACUGGUUCAUGACAGCAGCAGCCACUCUGAGGGCUCGGAAUCUGUCAUCCUACAUGUCUGUCCUGGACUGUGGUCAGCAGGAUGGUAUUUGAUUUUGGAAUUCAUGACGGUCCUUAGUUAUACCGUGUUGAUUAAACGUUGCCUUCUGUUGCGUCUUAUCAAGUAUCCUCUGUAUGGACACUGUCGUCAUUCCAGGUUGUAAACAUGAAUAUUGAACACACUUCUGAAUUACAUACAUGCUGUUUGGUUACCUUCUCAGUUUGUGAAUGAUUCUUGAAUUCAAAAGUGAUGAUUCAGUAGUAUUACGUAGACUCAAGUUGAUUUGUGUGUCUUUUAUGUUGUCAUUCACAUUCUGCUGUGCAUCUGCUUGUGAGGAAGUUAAAUCUAAUCAGCACUCUUGUCAACUUUGCUCUGAGGGAGGGGAUUUGGCACAGAUGUGUGCGACACCUCUCUUCCACCGCUAGCCAAAGUUCACUGUUGUACUGACAACACCAACUGCACAUCUGAAGCUUGGAACAUGCAGGAUGACACCCGUUGGCCUCAAAAGCAGAAAGUCAGGGGAUUACCAGGCCAAUGACAUCACACCAAUUAUUCAAGUUAGUUCAGCUCUGAAAACAAAUGCAAUCCAAGCAUAGCACAGUUAUUACGGCAUUGAAGGUUUGGAUUUGGGCUCUGUUUAUAAACAAGACUGUUUUGCUGGUGUUCUGUGGCUUUGUUUGUUGUUUGUUUUCUAUGAGGAGAAAGGCAAGUCUGGUCAUGUGACAGGCUCUGAUUAAAAACAGUGAGACAGUGGACAUUUCGACUUAACACAGAAUUUGACGUUACCUCAUGCCACUUUGCUUUAUGGGAUGGCUGGAGGAACACAAUUGUAAACAAACAGAUUGAGCCCAGUUACAUGACGGCCUGGACAAACAAUUCACUGAAUCGUCUGGCUAAGAUGGUACUUUUAAUAUGCAUGCAACGACCUGGAAACACAACGUACAAUCACAUCACAGCAAUAAAUUAGCUUUCAUGUGACCAUGGCGACAAACUGUGGAUUUACCGACGUCUUGAAGGUUUUCUUGUUUAUUUCUGCAACACAGCUUCUUCUUCAUGGCCCACACGGUGUGUCACUGAAUUGCAUUGACAGCUGCAAAUCUGUGAUUGUUAAGAACCAUGGGGUUAGUUAUCGAAGAAGUAAUGGAAAAGAAAAAUAAAAAAACGGUAAAGUGAGUUUGAUGCCCUCUGAAUAUUAUGAAUAUGGAAUACAACAACUCAAUCUAGGUCAGCAAUAUUGGGUUAAAACAAACAAAGUCAUAAAUUGUAUUGUGUAUGGAAGAAGAGGAGACUUCUGUCAUUAUUCAUGACAGUUUGUUUGUGUUUAUCAAACUGUCCUGAGCUGCACUACUGGAGUUCGGAACAUUUCAUCAAACUGUUCACAGGGUCACAAUCGCCACUGGUUCUUGUUACAGCUGUGCAGACUAUGUAAAUACAUAGAAUGAAUCUGUAUCAAUGCAGGUGCAUUCGCUAACGCAAACAAAUAAAUCCUGACAAACUGAUGUUCAGAAUGAAUCCGGAGCGAAUGGUGGACGGAUCAGUCGAACCGGUUCCAUAGUAAAGCCCCGGGCGGAUUGUCUGACAGAGAGGCGUGGCUCCUUUGUUGUCCAGUAGCAGUAACGG